AUGUUCUAUUCGCUGCCUGCUUUGCCUCGAUGCUUCUCGAGCUCUCUUCUGAACCCCUGCACUGCGACGCAUCUGUCGACCCACUCCGUUCCCUUCUCCCCCGCAGCCUCCUCCCUUUCUCCUACUUCCACACCGUUUGAGUGCUUUUCCGGAGUUGGGGACUCGGCGCCUUCUUCGCGGUGUCGCUCACUCUCACUCCGUUCUUGUGCGUCGUCGCAGCUUCAGCCAGGAUGUAGAGCCUCACCGCAGUCUCGUUUCGCAUCAGGGCAGUUGUCUCGCGCGGGCGGAGGGCUGCGGCAACUCCCCUCAAGCUUGACGUGUCUUCUUCUCCUUCGUCCGCUGGACCUCAGGGGGGUCCUUUCACCUGUGCGAGGCGCGAAGAGACGAUUCUUUCGUGCGAAGCAAACUCCACGCGAGCUGAGUUCCUCGUCCGCACCUUACGGCCUCGCAGCUGUAUCUGCCUCGCCCUCUCCUUUCCCUCCCGCCCCCCUUCUGGGUUCCUUUUUUGCGACGUUCUCUUCCUGCUCUCUGCCUCCUCCCUGCGCUGAGGGUUUCUGGCUUCCACCUCCCGCGUCAUCCGACACGCAGGCGCCGUCGCCGGCAUCCGCAGUCGACCUCCUCCGCACUCCAGAGAGCGCCUUUCUGCGUCUGCCUCCUUCCUCGGUCCUUCCGUGCCUAGCCGCUGCAUGCGCAGGGGCGCCUGAGAGUCAGCUUUGGCCUGAAGCCACGUGCCGCAAAGUGGAGGCGUAUCUUUUCGCGUGUCUCGCCUCGUGCGACUCUCGUCGCUCGCCUGAGUCGCGCGGGACCUGUGCGUUGCUGUCUUGUGAGUCUGCUCCAGAGCGCAGCUGCUGCUCUGCGUCUCCCCCCGCGACCCCUGCUGUCUCUCCUCCCCCAGCGCCUUCCUCGUUGGCCUCAGCGGCCGCUGCCGCCCGCCUCUUACCCUCCGCCGCGGUCGUGGCGCACUUUCUCGUGGUUUACAGGCGGUACAUUCUCGAUGCGCGUCUCCUCCAAGCCCUUUCUCGCUGCGUGGACGGAGCGUUCACGUCCCGAUUUCUCCGCAUAGUUCUGAACCCGCGACAGUCUGCGGGUGCGCCUCCGCCCCAGGCGUCGUCUUCCGGUCCUUGCGACCCCGAGCUGUGUGCCGCGAGGCAGUCCAUCUCGUCUGCCGGCGAGCCUGGCGAUCUGUCGUCUUCGUCCGCUGGAGGCUCCCCUGCGGCCGUCGCCAGUUGUGAGGUGCCGGUGGGCGAGGAAAGGGACGCCGUCGUCUCGGGAGACAGGACCUCAGGGCUCCAGCGACCCGCCGCCGGAUGCGCGCGCCUCUGGCUCGCGGAGCGGGCUGCAUGCGCGUAUCUUAUGCUCUCGCUGCAGCUUCACGCGGAGUACCCACUGGCUGCAAAGGACGCUGGAUCUUCCGCAGCCUCCUGGCGCCUCCGUGCUCAAGAUGAGCACGCUGCCCGCGAGAGUGCCUCUGUCUCCUCUCCACGCGAUUCGAUGCAGAGGCUGCAGCGCAUUCUCAAGGUGUUGAAUCGCGAUCUGCGCCUGAUUGCGCGCAUCGGGGGCGGGCUACACUGGGCACGCGCGACACAAGGCGACGCGAAGAAAAGCGCAGGAGUCGGGGAGGAGCGAAGGCCGCAGGCAGCCCGAGCCGCGCAUGUACAAAACGCGUUGAAGGGUCGGCUGCCGACGCUGUUCCCAGCGCUUGCGGCUCUGCGCCAUGAGGCUGCACCCGUGCCCGUCCAUCUGAGUCUCCUGCUUUCCCUGCUUCUCUGUCGCGUCCCCUGCGAUCGGCUCCUCGCUUCGUCAAGUGCUCUACCACAUGCGGCAUCUUCGGCGCUCUCUACGAAUCCGCCGUCCUCCUCCGCUUGCCCGUCUGCGUCUCCGCCGUCGUCCUCCUCUCUGGCCUCUGAGCCAGUCUAUUCUUCUCCUUCGGCGUCUGCUGGCGCGGUCUGUGAUGAGUCAUCGUCGGGCUUUGUGUCGCGCAGGAAGCAAACCUUGAUUAUGGAAGAGCGCGAGAGACUGUCCACAGGCGCUCGCGGUCAUCUCGCUGAGGAGAAGAGUCUGAAGGCCGCAUGCACAGCCGAAGCCGUGCGGCUGCUUGACAGGAGUCUCGGCUGGAGCAGACUCAGUGUCUGUGCGGCGCUGGCGCCCGCCGGUCUCCAACAGCUGCAGCAGGUCGACGUGUUGCUUCGUCACGCUCUGGCUUCCUCGUUCGCGUCCUCGCUUUCCUGCGUCACGCCGCCCUCUGCGGAGGAUAACGCCGAGACAGACGCCUCGCGCGUGCGCGUCCACACCCUCCUCUCGCCCGCGUGUCGAAGACUCCUCGAGGCCGUUCGCCCUCUGAGUUUACCGCGAACCUUUGCCUUCAGACAGCACCUGCGUCGAUUCUUGCGCGCUGCGGAGGAAGGUCGGCAAGCAAACGGGCGGGCGUCGGGAGGCGAUGCGGAAGCCUGGCCUGCCGAGGCGAGCACGCCGACACCAGGCGCGGCUUCGCCGUCUGCGGCGGAUGCGGCGAAACCGCGAGCAGACGCUCGCGCAGGGGACGGCGAUGAAGGUGCUUCAAGCUUGCGGAGCGGGUCCGUGACGGGGGGCUCGAGGCUCCUCGCUGCAGGGGUUCAGAGUAGAGGGCGGGCGAACGCGAGCGGUGACGCGCAGCUCCUGCGUCUUCUGGAAGAAAUGGACAGAGAAGCUGACGGCUCUCCGCGCCUUGGCGUGAAGCAGUUGGUUGUCAAGGCAUUGAGUGCAUCUUCCAGCAGGCUCGUCCCCCGCGUUGCUUCAGCGUGUAACAUCCUGGUGCCCCUGACUGUGGCUGGUACCUCUGUGGCGGUGGAGUGCGUCGACGCGUCAGACGUGUUUGUGAACGCUCCAGAAGUCUCUACGCUAUCUACGCAACUACGCCACGAUCUUCUUUCUGUUCUCGGCUACCACGUGGUUUUCGUCUCGUUCCUUGACCUCCGUACGGCCAGCCGGGGGACUGCCUUACGUGUUUCCUCUGGUAUAGAGAGCAAGAGCUGUGAAGCAGUAGACUACGCAAGUCGCGCGCUUCUAGACUCUCUGCGCAUGCGCCUCGCCGCGGCCUUCGUGAGAGGGGCAGUGCUAGAACCUGAUUUGCUGCUCCGGAGAUCUUCUUGGCUUCCUUUGUUGAAGCACUGCGCGCCGCACCUGCUUCAAGAGGCACGCGCCCACGCGGGCUUGUGUGGCGUGGCUUUGCCGGAGAAAGACGAGGCUCUGCUUGCAACUGACUUGGCGGCAGGUAUUGCGGUCAGUCUCCUUAUUGAGGAGGAAGAUGCACAGGCAGAGCGCGAACGCGUACAAGAGGCGACAGACUCAGUUCUUCUGUUACAACUGAACAUUAUAUUUGAUCCAUAG